AUGGCGGGUGUGCCGGCGGUGCGCAUCAGCAUCGAGUCGGCGUGCGAGAAGCAGGUGCAGGAGGUGGGGCUGGAUGGCAGCGAGACCUACCUGCAGCCGCUCUCCAUGUCCCAGAACCUGGCGCGCCUGGCGCAGCGCAUCGACUUCAGCCAGGGCUCCGGCUCCGAGGAGGACGAGCCGGGUUCGGCGGGCCGCGCCUGGGCCGAGCCGGGCGAGGCGGAGGAUGAGGAAGGGUUAGUAAAGUUUCAGCCGUCCCUCUGGCCUUGGGAUUCAGUGAGGAACAACUUAAGAAGCGCCUUGACUGAGAUGUGUGUGUUGUAUGAUGUUCUUAGUAUUGUCAAGGAUAAAAAGUUCAUGACUCUAGAUCCAGUUGUGCAGGAUCCCCUUCCUCCAAAACAGAAUCCUCAGUUUCUACAGUUGAUUUCAAAAAAGAAGUCAUUAGCUGGGGCAGCUCAAAUCCUGUUGAAAGGUGCAGAAAGAUUAUCCAAAUCAGUUGCAGAAAACCAGGAAAAUAAGCGACAAAGAGACUUCAACUCUGAACUGCUAAGACUGAGACAACACUGGAAGCUGAGAAAAGUGGGAGACAAAAUUCUUGGCGAUCUGAGCUACAGAAGUGCAGGUUCCCUUUUUCUUCAUCAUGGCACAUUUGAGGUGAUAAAGAACACUGACAUUGACCUGGAUAAAAAGAUACCUGAGGAUUACUGUCCUUUGGAUGUUCAAAUUCCAAGUGAUUUAGAAGGAUCAGCCUAUAUAAAGGUUUCUAUUCAGAAACAAGCUCCAGACAUUGGUGACCUUGGGACGGUCAAUCUUUUUAAAAGACCCAUGCCAAAAUCAAAACCAGGUUCGCCACACUGGCAGACAAAGCUGGAGACUGCACAGAAUGUUCUUCUAUGUAAAGAAAUUUUUGCCCAGCUGUCACGAGAAGCUGUUCAAAUUAAAUCACAAAUUCCUCACAUUGUUGUGAAAAAUCAGAUAAUCUCCCAGCCUUUCCCAGGUUUGCAGUUGGCUAUUUCUCUGUGUCACUCUUCUAAUGACAAAAAAUCACAAAAGUCCGCUUCUGAAAAACAGAAUCCGGAGGAUCAUCUCUAUGUUCUGGAACAUAAUUUGCAUCAACUUAUCAGAGAGUGUCACAAGCAAACCCUGAGCUCAACAGUGAUGCCACAUCCAGCUAGCGCGCCUUUUGGCCAUAAGAGAAUGAGACUUGCAGGACCCCAGGCUUUUGACAAAAAUGAUAUCAGUUCUUUACAGUCAAAUGAAGGUCUUCUGGAAAAGAUAAUAAAGCAGGCAAAACAUAUCUUUUUGAGACGCAGAACUGCUCGAACCAUUGACAGUCUGGCUAGUCGUAUUGAGGAUCCUCAGAUUCAGGCCCACUGGUCCAAUAUAAACGAUGUUUAUGAAUCCAGUGUUAAAGUUCUAAUAACUUCUCAAGGGUAUGAACAGAUAUGCAAAUCCAUUCAACUACAGCUGAACAUCGGAGUUGAACAGAUCAGAGUUGUGCACAGAGAUGGAAGAGUUAUUACGUUGUCCCAUCAAGAGCAAGAACUGCAGGAUUUCCUUUUAUCUCAGAUGUCACAGCACCAAGUACAUGCAGUUCAGCAGCUUGCAAAAGUUAUGGGAUGGCAUGUGCUGAGUUUCAGUAAUCAUGUUGGUCUGGGGCCGGUGGAGAGUAUUGGCAAUGCAUCAGCAAUAACUGUAGCAUCACCAAAUGGAGACUAUGCCAUUUCAGUACGUAAUGGACCGGAAAGUGGCAGCAAAGUUAUGGUUCAGUUUCCACGGAGUCAGUGCAAGGAUCUCCCCAAAGGCGAUGUACUGCAAGACAACAAGUGGAAUCAUCUUCGAGGGCCAUUCAAGGAAGUGCAGUGGAAUAAAAUGGAAGGGCGUAACUUUGUCUAUAAAAUGGAACUCCUCAUGGCUGCCCUAACUCCAUGCUAAUAAUCUGUCACCUUUCCAUGGGGGCUUUGAGUCAUUGCUGUGCUGCGAACAAUCACUGCCCGCGCAGCAAAGGGAGACGGAACUUAUGGGGCAAUACAAGAAAGCAAACCCAAAUUUAUUUUCUGUACAGUUAUGUCCAUUGCAAUGUUUGUAAUAAAACUUUUUUCAAUGACAUAUAAAAUAGAACUCUUUGAAAAAGUUCCUUUCAGCUGUAUCUCUGCAGAUUGCUCUGUCUAGAUUAACAUAGCUGAGUAAUUAAUGUAUUCUUCUUUUAUAAAAUUAAAUUCAGUAGGCCUUUGGUACAUGA